CAAAAAAUAUUGCAAAUAAAAAUACUGACACAACUAUAAGGACUUAAAAGGAAAAGUGCAUAUUUAUUUUUUAAGUAUUUAUCGUUACUGAAAAAGUAAUAAGAAUAGAAAAAUAACUACAAUUUGUGUGCAUGAAUAUUCCUAUCCUAUUAUAGUAAAGGAUCGAAAAGUUGCCUUUUAAGCAGAAGCAUAUUAAAAAAAAUUUAUUAAAUUUACAUACAUACACACCUACUUCAAAUUUUUGAUUUUCGAUUUAUGGCUCCUAUAGCAAUUUUGCAGUUUGAUAUGUAUUUUCGUAAUUACUAAUGUGAAAAUGCAAGAACGAUUCGGGAACUUGUAAAUAAAUAAUAUCUAAAAAGUGUUUCGUCAUUAUUGCAAAACGAAGUUAGUGUUGUGCAAUUUUCUGUGUGACUGAUACAAUCAGCUGAUGAAAUUAAUGUCAUAUUUUCGCGCUUAAAGUAGUAAGAAAUACAAAUGGAAAAAUUUUAGGAAAGGAAGUGGAAACUUGGUUAAAUCUUUAAAAAUAUAAAUAACUGAUCACGUAAAAAUAUAUCUUAUGAUGGAUGAUACUGUUUCCGUGGCAAAGGGUGUUUUUGUCUACAAAAACUCUAAUUUUAAAAGAUCAAUGGGAGAUACAACAAAAAAAAAGUCAGCUAUAAGAAAUUUAAAAGAGCAGUUGUCCUAUAAAACCUUUACAAAAAUUUGGUUUUCUAUUCAACAAGACAUUUCUGAAUUGCAAAAGGAAGGUUAUACAAAAACGAUAGAAGAAGUAGUUAGCUAUGCUGCUAACGCACAUAAAGAAAACUAUGAUUGCAUUUUACCGAUUGCAGCUUUGUUAACCGGAAUUAAUCACCCCGACCAUUUGGAGCAAUUUGAAAAUAUAAAGUCUGAAAUUUUUAAACGUUUACACGCAAGUGUGGCUAUUAUUCAGUCGCGGGAUUGUGGAACGUUGAAAUAUGCCAUAGAAACUAUGGUUCGAAAUUUCAUUGAAGUAGUAAAUAAAGACGAAACGUUUAAUGAAAUUCCAAAAAAAAUUCGAAAAUCACAAUGUACAAUGCAAUCACUAGAAAACUGGUACGUUAAUCAAUCUUCUGGAAAGGAACUUCUGUUGGUGGUAAUAAUACCCGACUUUGAAGGAUUUAACGCUGAAAUUUUGGAAGAUUUUAUAUUAAUUUUGAAUUCUUACUGUGACAGAAUUUCAUUUGUGCUUAUUUUGGGAGUUGCAACAGCAGUAUGUGCUAUUCAUAAUACGUUAUCAUAUCGCGUUAUAAGUAAAGUAAAGCUAAAAAUAUUUCAAACUAAUUCAGUUAUGAAUUCUUUUAAUAAGAUAUUUGACGAAGUAGUUUUAUCUCCAAAGUACAGUUUCAAUUUAUCAGGGAAAAUACUAAAGUUUCUAAGCGACAUUUUCUUGUUUUAUGAUUUUUCUAUAAACGGAUUUAUUAACGAAUUUAAGUAUUGCCUUUUGGAACACUUUCUACAAGAUAAUGUUUUUUCAUUAUGCAUAAAUUUCCAAGAGUCUCUUGAAAACUUAAAAUAUCUUACACAUGAUGAAUUCGAAGUUUUGAGACAACUACCAUCAUUUCGUCCUUUUGUUGAGAGUAUAAAAAAUCCUGCCAAAAUAUUAUCAAUGUUCAUUACUAGUAAAUACUGGUUAAAAAAGGUCGUCGAUUUGUUAAAAAAAUGCCAGAUUUACUUCAAAAUUUUUCGGUGUUUUAUAGUGUUUUUAACAAGUUUAGUUGGAGAUUUACCAAACUCCCCACUUGGGAAGCACAAAAGGGAGGUGUACAUUUAUUGUUUGUCUAAAGACUUAAUUGAAACGGAAUCUUUUCGUGAGUGUUGGAAAAUUUUGGAAUUAUUUUCUAAAGAGGAAUUUGUUUUCAAAAUAAAUAAAGCAAUAGGCGAUACUACACACUUUAUUGCGAGAAAUUUAACAAAUGGCGAAGUCGAUUCAGAAUGUCAAGAGUUAAUUUUUGGAAAAUUUGAUGCCAUCAAAACUUUAUUGAGAUGUAUAGAAGAUGCUGACAUAGAAAAUGAACUUUCAAAUGUUACUGAAAUUAAUCGGCAAGAAACUCAAUUUGAAUUGGGGAAAUUAAAUCGACAUCAACUGAAAGAAAAGCUUUUGCAAAUGUCGAAAAAAGCAAUUCCUGUUUCUAAUUUUAUUCGUUCGAUACAACAAAUAUUAGAAUAUAUUAAGAUUGAAAUAGUUUUUAAACACUUAAGUCCACCGGACGUGCACGGACUAACAUUUUAUGAAUUAUUUACCUUUUCUGAUUUAACAUCAAUUCGUAGGCAUGUUAUGGGAAGUCCACGGGGUUCAUUGCAUACUGCGCUAAAUGAUCCAAAUUUUUAUUUACAAUGCGACUGCUGUGAAUUGGACUUGCCGCAAACUAUAAAGAACACAUUACCUGACAUUUCAAUUGCCUACAAAUUGCAUUUGGAAUGUGGUAAACUUAUAAAUUUGUAUGAUUGGUUACAGGCAUUUCGGUCAAUUACCGAUUAUCAAGAAGAUGAUAAUGAUCAACAAAUUGAUCCAAAGAUUCAAGCAAGUUUUACAAGAGCUGUUGCGGAAUUACAGUUUUUAGGUUACAUUAAAACUUCUAAACGUAAAACGGACCAUGUUACACGACUAACUUGCACGUGGAAAGUGUUAUAACCUGUACUGUAACUAUGUUUGUACAUACAUACAUACGUACACAUAAAUGUGAAUUUCGGUUUACUUACAUAAUGGUAAAAACAUAAUAAAAACAGUAUACUGCAAUGGCGAAUGAUAUCUAAUCCUAACACAGAACAGCUGCGAAACGGGAAAAUCAGUAGUUAUUAGAUUAGACUUGUUUCGAAAACCCGCAUAAAGCAAAGUGGUCGUGCUCCCAAAAUUUUCGAGGAGAGUCUCAAAGAAACGUUAUUAAGUGCGUUUUGAAAGUUUUAGAAAAGCUCGGUCAUUGU